CGACUCCAUUCGGGACUUGUUGUUAUUAUCCCGAGCUAACGCUAACUGUCAACCAGAAAGCCACCUGUUUUAACCCUAAAACAUGUCUUCAGACUUUGAGGCUUACGAGCAGGACUUCGGAACCCUUACAGCGGAAGUUACAAACAAAAUUGGCAGGAUCCCCAAACUAAGUGGAGAGGAGAAGACACAGCUGGUUCUAAAUGUCGACAAACAGCUUGAAGAAGUCAGAGAGUUGCUGGAGCAGAUGGACCUGGAGGCGCGGGAGAUCCCCAUCCAGAGCCGAGCCAUGUACAACAGCCGACUGAAGAGCUACAAGCAGGAGAUCGAGAAGCUGGCGAAGGACUUUAAAAGGUCACGUAUUGCCUACAGCGAUGAGGUGCGCAACGAGCUCCUGGGGGACGAAGCCAGCUCCUCGGAGAACCAGUUGAUAAAGUUACGUGAAGAGAGAGCGCAUCUGUUGGACAACACAGAGAAGCUGGAAAGGUCAUCACGGAGACUGGAGGCCGGCUACCAGAUAGCAGUGGAAACCGAACAAGUGGGUCAGGAGAUCCUUUCCAACCUGAACAGUGACCGUGAGAAGAUCCAAAGAGCCAGAGAAAGGCUGAGAGAGACGGACGCCAACCUGGGCAAGAGCUCUCGCAUCCUCACCGGCAUGCUGAGAAGGUAAGGGGCAGGAUCAUCCAGAAUCGGGUCCUGGUCUUCAUCCUGGGAGCCAUCAUCCUUCUCACCAUCAUCCUGGCCAUCUAUUUCAAUGUGCGGGGGCACUGAUCUCCCCUCUCCACACACACACACACACACACACUCGUUUCUCCCCUGACACAGUAUACAAACACACACAUGCGUGAUUAAUAGCGACAAAAGCGUUGUUCAGCAGUAAUCAGGACAAAUGGACCCCAUGAAUCACCGUUUCCAACGUCUGACAGGGAGCUUUUUUUUUUUUUAUCCUUCUCUUUUCCUGUUUGCUGUUUUUUUCUCUAUUUUCCAUUGGGCUUUCUUUUUCUUUCUUUCUCCCUCAUUCUUUUUUCCCUCCCCCUAAAGUUGUGUUCUCUCCCUGUCAAGCUCUCCCAGACAUCUCUAGGGACCAGUUCAUAUUUUUCAUGGUGUCGUCCUGCGUCCCAUCCCGUCCCCGGGUCAACGGUUUUGUUCUGUGACUUAAAAGCAGAUUCAGAGUUGUAGAUGUUCUUUUUUUUUUUUUGUCAAGCGUUAAUUCAGAAUGUGUACGUGUGCAUUCACGAGACGGAGAGAAAGACCCACCUGUGUACGUGACCGUCAGUCCCGGCGUUUGUUUUUAACACCAACACGCUGUAGUAUGGAUGAGCUUGUGACUUAAUGAUUCGGCUCUCCUGCAGCAAAGCACAGAGGUGUGUGUGUGCCUUUCGGAUAAGAUGCGCUGCUCACGCCGCUUCUUUAAAAAGCUCAGGCGAGCCCAAAAUAGGCGCGAGGCGCAGCCGAGAACGGAGAUGACGCACACAAAAAGGUGGAGGUCAGUUCAGUCUCUUUUUCAGUCAUUCGUGUAUCAGGAUUGAGUUUUGAGAGAAAAUGAGCCUAAAUCUACUCUUUCAUGUGUUUUUUUAAUACAAAAGGGAACCAACCCCAACCGUGGUACACGUGGUAUACAACGCAUAGAAAGUUCCCUACACCCAUUAUAACUAGCUUUAUAUCCACAUUUGGUACAUUUCCCCUGCACCACUCAAACACAGACCUUCACAUCUUAUUCCUGCAGACUUUUAAUGUAUCUUUAUCAUUGUGGAAGAUUAUAGGCGUCAUGCUCUAUGUACUAACUUUUAAAUCUACAUUAUCAAUUUUGUGAGAGAUUGUGUUAUUUAUUUAUAAAUGCAAUUAACAUUUCUGUGUUAGAACUGUAUAUUUCUUUCUUUUUGUUAAGGGGUAUUCAGAAUUUAAAUCAACCACGUCUGUUUGUUUUGUUUUUUUCUUGAUUUUUGGGGGUUCAGUGAAUAGAAUAUUAAAUGCAAACUGCACACCAGGACCAACGGAAAUGUUUAACGUCUUUAAAGUAUUUUUUCUUCUUCUUCCGCUGUUCUUAUAAAUGGAUCUAACCGGU